ACAAGUUAUCUAGUGCAGUUCAGAAAUCAUCAUUUCAACUUCAAAAGAAAACAAUAAUUCUCACGAUAACCAUCUGCUGGAAGCGCAUUUUGGAGAAACUGUAUUCAUCUGAAAUGUUUACCAAGAUAAUGAUUUGUGCACAACAUACCUAAGUAGCUGCCUGCUUUUCAAUUUUAAUUGUAACAUUUGCUUUGUGAUUUAUCUCAAAUUCAUUUCUUAAUCCUGUGAAUUUGUUAUUACUUACUUGAAGUGAAAGGAAAUCAUUAAUCAGCAAUGCUGUUUCUUGUUCUCUCAGGCCACUAUGGGCGGAGGCAGCGCUUCAAUACGUCAUAUGUGAAAAAGAUAGUCAAAUUUUCCUUGCUGCUCAUGUUCCUCUCUGUUCUUUCUCGCUCAUUAUCAGAUGCACGAAGACUUAAAAUGCCAAAACCUUCAAGCAAAAAUGCCAAGAAAAGUGAAGCCAGUGAACCAAAGGAAUCUUCAACAGCAGAUGCAAUAGCAGAGAACAAGAACGGGAAUAUUGUUUUAAGCAUUCAAGCCAAACCUGGAGCAAAACAAAAUAACAUCGUAGAUAUCAGUUCGGAAGGUAUCGGUGUCCAAAUCAAUGCACCUCCAGUGGAAGGAGAGGCCAAUACAGAGCUAGUCAAAUUUUUAUCAAAAGUUCUUGGAAUAAGGAAAAGCGAUUUAAAUCUGGAUAAAGGCUCAAGAUCUAGGAAGAAAGUUAUUGUCAUCGAAAAAAGCGCCAUAUCAAUUGAUGAAGUUCGCAAGAAGAUAAAUGAGGAAAUAGCAAGAAACUAAUAAUAUUUAAUUUUUAUUAUUAAGAGGUAAUGUUAUAAUUCUUGUAAAAAUAAUUUUACUUUUUCUGAAGGCAAGAAAUAUUACAAAUUUAGCUGUACUCAAUGCAUUUGUAAAUGUUACUUUACAAAAUAAAGUCUGUGAUAAUUAAUUAAAAUA